CCGGCGUACCUCGCCAGGCUGUGAGCUGGAUCCGGCCCAAAGUCUUUGGUCCAGCGCUGCUGUCUGUCUGCUCUGCCGAGGGAGGGCCUGGACAGUCUGGGUGGCGGAAGCGAGAUUACCCUUCCUAGCCUCACCCCGGACCGCCCAAGCCAGGAGGAAGCAGCGGCGAGGUCUGCGGGCGGUAUGGAGGCAGGUCCGAAUGAGCGCGGCUCGGGCCCGGCGGCGGGGGAGCAGCUGCAGCAGAGGCACGUCCCGUGCCAGGUCUUCCCCGAGCAGCCGGACCAGGGGACUUCUCAGCGGGGGUUCCUUUCCAGCUUCUUCACCAGCAACCAGAAGUGCCAGCUCAUGCUACUGAAGACGCUGGAGACAAAUCCAUAUGUCAAACUUCUGCUUGAUGCUAUGAAAUACUCAGGUUGUGCUGUUAACAGAGAAAGACACUUUUCUUGUGAGGACUGUAAUGGAAAUGUCAGUGGAGGUUUUGAUGCCUCAACAUCUCAGAUCGUUUUGUGCCAGAAUAACAUCCGUAACCAGGCCCAUAUGAACAGGGUUGUCACCCACGAGCUCAUCCACGCCUUUGAUCAUUGUCGUGCUCACGUCGACUGGUUCACCAACGUCAGGCAUUUGGCCUGUUCAGAGGUUCGAGCUGCCAACCUUAGUGGAGACUGCUCACUUGUCAAUGAAAUAAUCAGGUUACGUUUUGGAUUAAAACAACACCAUCAGACUUGUGUACGAGACCGAGCUGUUCUUUCUAUCCUGGCUGUUAGGAAUAUCAGCAAAGAAGUAGCUCAAAAGGCUGUUGACGAAGUUUUUGAAUCUUGUUUCAAUGACCAUGAACCUUUUGGAAGGAUCCCACAUAACAAGACGUAUGCAAAAUACGCCCACAGAGACUUUCAAAACCGUGAUAGGUAUUACUCAAAUAUAUGAAGACAAUAACAUUUUCUAUUACAGAGCUUCAUUGACUGUGAAGGAAAAAAUAUGGUUCUCAAGUGAGCCUGCAUAUAAACCAUAAAUGAGCAGUUAAAUACAGAUAAAACACAGAAGUCUGUGAUUCUAGCAUGACCGGAAAAAGUCACUAUGGCAAAAAGUGAAACUGCCUUAAGCUCCAAGGCAGAAAUUGUAUUUUUAUACCUAUUUGGUAAAUUAAGGUAAAUAAAUUACAUUUUUGUAUUUU